GUGAGGAUAUAUAAGACACCCCUAAUCUCCCAGUAGAGGAAUUUGUCACUAACCUGCCCACACCAUGGCUUCAGUGGGAGCUCUGGCUGUUGCGCUGCACGCAUCUCUGCUGGUGCUCCUGGCUCAGGGGAGCCACAGGAGCAGGGAUGGAGUUUAUAUGAAGUCGCGUUUUUCCUUCAUGGAGAGGUCAAACGGGCACUACCACCUGCCUACUUAUAUGAUGCAUCUGUACAGGAAUUUCAAGUCCAACUUUUCAAGGCCCUUGGAUGCUAUGAAGCAAGAUGCCGCAAAGCAAGCAGACACUGUGAAGAGUGUGAUGGCUAAAAGUUUGACGUACAGACAGAGACGCUGGAUUGCGACCUUUGACCUCCAUGCCCAGCUGGCUGACAAACAGAUCCAGGCAGCGGAGCUGAGAAUCAGGCUUCCUCGGACAACGAGUGCUUCCAACAUCACUGUGGAGGUCUAUCACCAGCAUGGUCAGGCGUGCCAUACGCACAAGAACUGCCAGGAACAGCAGCUGGUGGGGCUGCUCACUGAAUCGUCGUUGGUCACAUCAUCACAGAGCUGGAAAGUGUUCAACAUGACAAAACCUCUCUUGAGCUGGCUCAGACAAAAAUCGGUGACAGCCAAAAUACGACACAAAAGAGUGUCGAGGAGAAGAGGAGCGGUAAAGACAAAGAGUGGCCUGUCGCUUCCUGAUCAGCCUGUCUAUGUGGCGAGCCUCAGAAGGGAGCAGGACGUGAGGGACCGGGCGUUGCUGGUGGUCUUCUCACAAACUGGCUCUGAUGAAAACUCAAAGGUCAAAGCGAGCUUACUUCACACAGCUGAGCAAUCCAAGUUCUUGUCCCCCGCUGAAAUCAAAAAGGCCCGCUGGCCAAAGAGGCGCAGGAGCAAACGGGGCCAGAGAGAACAAACAGUGAGAAGCCCGCAGGCGUCCAAAAAAGGGAGUGAAAAAUCUCUCUGUCGCAGAGUCGACCUGCAGGUAGACUUUAAUCAAAUUGGCUGGGGAUCCUGGAUCAUCUUCCCUAAAAGAUAUAACGCCUUUCGCUGUGAAGGUUCCUGCCCUGGUCCGCUGGGAGAAGAUCUGAACCCAACAAAUCAUGCUUACAUGCAGAGUUUACUGAAACAUUAUCACCCUGACAGGGUGACAGCACCCUGCUGCGCCCCCACCAAAAUGAGCCCAUUAAGCAUGCUGUACUACGAGAACGGAGAAAUGCUCCUUCGACAUCACGAAGACAUGAUUGUGGAUGAAUGCGGCUGCCAGUGA